AUGCUUGAAGAAUCGAAUAACGACGAUAUCAAAGAACCUCAACUCAUUGUCCACAUUGAAGCUACCAAGGUUGAAGUAUGUCUCAUCGAGAAUCCUACGAGAUCCGAUAGUCGCGCGCUGAUUGUCAAGGGAUCGGUACUUGGAAAAGUUUCAAUAAUGAAAUCGAAACUCACCUAUACUGAUAUGAACUUCUGCUUUGAUAAAUUCGAGCUGUUUAAAUGCAGGUUGGAUCAAGUAGAUAGUACGACGAUAUCGAUUAUCGAUCCGCUCUCUGUCACCGCCACCAUUGGACAGAUCGAAGGAAACGACAAUCCUUCACUGCCAUUCGAUAUCAUUGUAUCGGGCAAUCCCAUACACGUUACAUUCUCAUUCCAGGAUCUUCAUCUCUGUAUGGCAUGCUACGAUAAUAUCUUGACACUUGCACAAUCGUUAAUAUCCAUUCUGCCAAACAAACUAUCAUCGAGAGAUCAACAUCAUCAACAACAGCCUAAUCUGAGAAAGAGUGGAAGUGGUAGUAAAUCAUCUUCUGUCGGCAAAGCAAAACCACAUAUCAAUCUUCAGCUACCGAGUGCAUCGAUCACAGUAAUCGAUGACGGAAAAGGUUAUAAUGGUGUGAUCGAUGUCAAGCUCACAAACAUUUCGCUAGAGUUGAUCGAUAACAAGAUGUUUAUUGCAAUGUUUGUGGCGGCCAACUACUUUAACAAUCAAUACUCUCAGUGGGAACCGCUGAUUGAGAAUUGGGGAUUCAAACUGAGUCUACUGAAUUCUCAGGAGAACAACGUUACCAUGAACAAAGUAAUUCUCACCACCAGUCGUCAACUUAACCUUAAUCUCUCAACUGCACUCUUUGAUGUAUUAUAUACAUCUUGGACAACAUUCAAAGGAUUGGCAAGCGGAUCUUCACUCUCGAGAAUUCCCACCAACAAACCAUUCAAAACCACCGGUAACUUGUUUGUUCUUCGAAAUGACACUGGAUUGCCACUGAAUUGGUCGAUUCGAUCGAAGGAGUUGAAACAACUACUUCCUCAGUCAACAAAGUGUGUUGAGACUGGCGAUGAAGUGGCAUUUACUCUUGAGGAACCACCAAAGAAAUUCAGAGAUGCAACAUCGAUCUCCACCUACAGUCUCAACUUGAAACUACCUGGCUGGCGACAAAUCAGUCAUCUUCCAGUGGAUAGAAGUGGAAUUCACUUUUUCGAUUUGGUAUCCUCCAAUGAUACUACUGCAUUAUCAUCAUCUUCUGACACUAACAACAACGAUAAUAACGACAACAACAACAACCAACAAGAAUAUGAAACACAUUUGGAACAACAUCAACAGAUUGCUUAUGAAAUCAUUCUCGGUCCAAGAUUCAGAACUUUGAUUAUCAGAUCGAAUUACUUGUUGGUGAAUGAUACCUACAAGCCAAUGAAUGAAGAAAUCGAAUUCAACAAAGGUCCGAGUAUAAAGAUUAUACAGUUCCCACCUAGACACUACUUCUUGGUGCAAAUAGACACACAUCUCUUUGCAAAUCAACAAGCUGCUGCGGCUGCUGCUGAAGAUGAUACCGGUGCAGAACGUGACGAUCUCGAUGAUAUUCUCCAGGAUAACAAUCAUAUCAUUAAGAUUACAACACCACUUGUCAUUGAAAAUGCAUUGGCAACACCGAUAUCGUGUCGUCUACAGUAUCAGCGCUCCUCCAACAUUGUCGACGAAAUCAAUAUUGCCAGUGGCGCAUCUACCAACGUCCACUCUAUCAACACAGAGGCAAUCAUAAUGAUGCGUGUCAAGAUCGAACAUCACGAAUGGUCGAAUCUCUUCCAGAUCAAUCUCUCCACAAAGAAAGAUAUUGACGGACAAUCCAUUACGCUGUUGGAUGCCGAAAAGAAUCGAUUGUCAAUGAAGUUGGAAUAUCAUCAGAUUUUGGGAACUAUUUCUCUUUGUUUUCAAAGAGACUCUGACAUCUAUCGUGACUACAUCUUGGAGCCUGGCGCUACCAUUCCAUUCCACUUCCUCGACUUGGACCAGCCACAGCAACUCUAUGUCAGGGUGUCGCCAACCAACAGCUGGAGUGGAUCGUUCCACAUCACCAAAUCAUCGAUGUUCCAUCUCAGACUAUCAACCUACAAAGUGAAUAAUCCUGGAUCACCAAGUUCAAGUUCACUCUCUCCGGAAUCCGAUGAUAACCUCUACCUCCCGCUAGUCCAAAUUAUAUCAGAGAAAGGUUACUUCUUUAUCAUAUUCAAUCCAGAGUCCAAAGAGUGUCCACCAUUCAAGAUUGAGAAUCUAACGACCAUGCCAAUCACCAUCUCACAAUCAGAUACUGGCAUUCUUCACCAAGUGGAGAGUGGACAAACCAUUCGUUACACCUGGGACGAUCCAAGACUAGAAGAAAAACUUGAAAUCAAGAUACCAAACACCAAAUUCUAUAAGAGUUUAAGAUUGGAUAAAUUAUAUACUUCGAGUAAUGCUGUACCUGUUAGACUACACUCUGGAUAUGUUGCAAAGAUUAAAACUACAAUCUAUGCAAAUGGGCCGACCAAUGUAUUGAGAAUCAUCGAUAUGAAUCAAGCAAUCAACGAGGAUUUAGAAUCGAAACAGAUCAAAUCAAUGACCGAUCAACAACCGACGUCACUUUUAUCGUUCAGUGCAGAGCUCGAUGGUAUUUCAUUGUCGAUCAUCGAUUCAGAACCAAAGGAAUUGAUGUUUGUCACUCUCAAAGAUAUCAUUUUGGAAUUUAAUAAUACGAUGGAAUUCGAACAGAAUAUCAAGUUCUCGAUUGGUUCCAUCAAGGUUGACAAUCAGCUUUACUAUACAAUGUAUCCAGAGAUGAUAUCUAGAUAUACAGACUCCAAGAGUGAUAAUGAUAAUAGCAGUCAACUACCGAAUAUGCUCACUGCAACAUUCUCAAGAUCCACCAAAUAUGAAUAUAAAUCCGAGGAGAAAACAACCAUUGACUAUAUUAAGAUUCUGAAAUUCGAAGUUCAACCAGUCAAAGUUCAGAUCGACGAAGUAUUACUUUUCCACUUGUAUACUUUUUACAAUUCAAUAGAAUUCUUUAAAGCACCACCUAAAUCAUCUCCAAGAGGGUUUAUACCUGUACCAGAAACAGUUGACUCUAAAAGAAUGUAUUUUGAAUUGCUAUCUUUACCACCAAUACAAAUUAGAUUUAGCUAUUGUUCAUCAGAAUAUUCGAGUGCCAUGAUUGGCUCGGUUGGAAGUGCACUGGCUAAUAUUGAUAACGCUUCGCUCUACUUGGAAUCGUGGAAACUGGAACAUCAGUUUACUACUUUUGAUGGUUUGGUGAAAUCGCUAGCCAAUCAUUUCAUAUGGUAUUUCGGAAAGGUUAUACUUUAUUCUGAUAUAUUUGGUGCACCGAUGUCGCUGACCAAUAGCUUGGGACGUGGUGUCAAUAUGAUCAAAGAGUCAUCGUCGAUGCUCGAUAUUGUUCACGGCACUGGAAACCUCUUGAAGAGUUCGAUCUUUGGUAUAUUUAACACUGCCAGUAAGAUUACCGGUUCCAUCGGUAAUGUUAUUUCACCGCUUGCAAUGGAUAAGAACUACCAAGAGAUGCGAAAGAAAAAGAUGAGGCAGAAUCCACCUACUUUCUCGCAGGGAUUGUUGUCUUUGGGUUGGGGACUCGGCAAUGGUUUGACCGGUAUCAUCUCACAGCCAUUCAAGGAGAUCAAAGAAAAUGGAUUAUUGGACGGCUUCAUACCGGGACUGGUGAAAGGUGCGGUUGGCGCCGUUGUCAAGACGGGCGUUGGUGUGAUCGACCUGGUCAAUCAGUCCUCUCAGGGCCUGAGAAAUAGCUAUCGUAACCCUGAGGAAUCGCUUAUGGCUCAGAGAUUCCGACCGCCUCGAUUCAUUGGGUACGAUCAUAUACUGCGGCCCUACAACUUGGAGCAAUCGUUCUGGCAAGAGAUACUAUACGCCCUCAAGAAUGUCAAUUGCAACGAAUACUAUCAGGCGCAUCUCGAUUACUUUGACCGAUCUAAAAAGUUGCAUCAUCUACUCAUAUCAAACAAAUAUCUCUAUGUACUGGAUCAUUCAUUUACCUCGGACUGGGCAGUCAGGAUCGAGAAUCUAGUCGUCAGGAUCACCACCGACGAACAACAACACCAACUCAUAUUAGAAGAUCACAAGAAUCAGACAUUCCAGACCAUCGAAGAUCUCUUGGAUAACAAUAACAACGAUAUAUCGAUGGCUCUAUUCACUGAACUAAAUGAAAUGUUAAAAUUCAUUGAGAACAGAUAG